AUGGACCGAAGAAGAGAUACCCGGUACAAACAGCAGCACGAUCAUUACGACGACCGAUACAAUGCCACUUAUGAUAACUACGAUUACGAAGAGGAUUACGGUAAUCAGUACGCGAACACUGGUAAGAAUCUCUCUUUUGCUUCUUUUCCAACCAUUCUUUGCUCUCCAGUUCACCACCAACAUCAUCCGAUUCCCCAUCCACACGCCCAUCCACAUCCUCAUCAUCCGGAAGACCACGGAUACGAAGACGAAGAGGAUCACUGGGCGAACCAGCGGGACCAGCAGGACUUUUACGAUACGGUCCCGGCCACUAACAUCCCUCCGGUCAAGCCAAUGGGCCCCCCGAAAAACCUGGCUCGUGUUCAAAUCAGCACUUCAAUUCCUUCAAUGGAAUCGGAGGUCUCGAACAUUCCGCAAGCACCGCCACCACCAAGAUUCGGACCGACUGGAGGGUACACUAGCAACAACAACAAUAAUAAUGGUAACUAUUAUUUAGAGAAAAGGUUAUUCGAAGAGUUUAUAGAUAGGAAAGCGGUGUCAAAGUACGGAAAUAUGGCAACAACAGAACAGAAACGGAGAGAAUCGGAUGUGCAUAUUCGGUUCGAUCCGGGAGCAAAGAGGGAUUUCCCUCCGAAGCAAACGGCGUUCAUCGAUGGAUUCAGAAGUGGAGACGGCGGUGCUCCGGCGGCCGCUCCCAAAAAGAAGGAAACUGGAGGAAACGGCGGUCAAACUACCAAUACGAUCAGGUCGAUUAUCAACAAUCUGAAGGGAGGCGGCGCCGAAAAACGUGAGUGUGCCUCUCUCUGAAUUUCCAUUUUCAUUGCAAUCAAUCAAUUUCAGAUGAGGACUCUCUGCCUCGAACCGAGUCUCGACCAAUCCAUUUAUGAGAGCCAAUCAGCAACAACUGCAGCAAAUCAGAAUCCGAACAGAUAUGAGCCAAAGAAUCCAUCGAAGAACGUGGCGGAAGUGGUGGAGAAGAUGAACAACGGCGAUUGGCCGAUUCAGAUUGACGACGAGGAAACCGCGCAGGAUCAGAAAAGUAUUCUGCCUGCUGGGGAGAUAGUAACCAUACAAUGCAUUGCAGAGGAUACCAGCAGCCACAUCCAGACAAAGCUCGUCAAUGGGAGACUCUUCAUCGGAAGAAGGACGAGAAGAGAAGCAUUUUGGAGGAAGUCGGCGGAGCUCCUCCGGCCCCUCCCUUGCCAACUCAACAGCCACCGCUGCCCACGCAAAAGCAACAGCAUCCGCAGAUGCAGAAGCAACCGAGCAAAGAGGAGAACGACAAACUGUCGGACAAGGAGGAGGAGCACACGAGCGUCUCCUCGGACUCUGCGCUUUGCUCCGAGAGCUCCGACGUUCGUGGGCCGUCUCCGUACAAAUUACCGUUUGAGUCUCAGAAGCCAGGAGAGCUGUCCGAGGAGGCAGAGAAGCUUCUGAUCUACUUCAGAAGCCACAAAGAAGUGCUCAAUUACUUGGGCAUCGGAUUGACUGACCGUCUCUGGUGGCACAUUCAGAAGCUUCCGAACUUUGACGCCUCCAUCCGAGUGUUCAAGAACAAGAGGAUCCGUCUUCGAAGCCGCCGCCCGCGCCGCCCCUUGUCCAAAAUUCUCCGCCGGCUCCGAUUCAAGUCUCGAACGUUCCUCCCGCUCCUAAGCUCACAGUCAGCCAGUCGUUCGCUCAACAGGACCGUGAUCGCAAGGUAUUCAUUCGUUUUCGGAAACUAAACUCUUGAAUUGAACAAAUUCCUUUCAGAGCCCACUCGGACACACUCGCAGCGUUUCCCAGGUGCCUGUCCGUUACUAUUCCUAGUUUCAAUUCCGUCUCUUUCUCCUUUUCCCCCUCUCCCCGUUUCUCUUCCUUUUCAGACUCGUAAUUGUGUGUGCUGUGCUGUCUCCUUUUCUCGUUUAUUUUCCUAAUUUUGGUAAAAUCAAAAAAAUAAAUAAUGGUGCCGGGAAUGAGAGACAGCAGAAACACACAGAAACGAACGAAUCUGAGAAGGGGGGAGCAAUGGAAUGUCCAGAAUUGGAUGUUAGUAUUUCAGAAUGAGGAUGCUCCUCCCCUGAGCUAUUCUAAUGAUGAGAGCAGAUUCACAAAGAAUCCAGAUGGAAAUCAGGGAAAUAAUAGAGAUCGGUCAGUUGAUUCAUCUGAGAAAUCGGGAAGAACUGAGAGAGGUUCAGGGCAAACAGCGGCGGCAGAUUCGUGAAGAAAUCGGCGGCCGCGUUGAUUGCAAAGAAGCAAGGAAUGCAGAGCGAAGAUCCGGUACCUUCUUCGGUCCUUCAACGAAAUAUACCACUUUCUCAGAACUCGGCCACAGAAAUCAUCGAUCCGCGCAUUGCCGAAGAGAUAAAAAACCUGCGCGACCGUGAGGAAGAGCUCAAAAGAAGCCGUUCCGAGCUGGCACUGGUCACCACUCCGCCGCCGAGUUCCUACCAAAUGAGCCCCAAAAAGACGAGUCCGGGCAACAAUAACAGUAUGAUGAGGAGUGCCCAAUCGUUCGAUCACCUCGACAAUCCGAUGGGAAUCCGUUCACCUAUCGAAAGAUCGCACUCUUCUCACAACGUUUACCAUCUGAAGAGUGCGAUGCACGGAGAAUACCAUCAGGGGAACGGCUACGGUAACGCGAACUACGGCUCGAUGCCACGUGCUCAGAACAGAAAAGAGGGGAUGCAGAUUCAUCCGCAGAUGCGAGAGCACCGAAUGCAGGACGGAGGCUACCGUCAGUCACGCAACGGAGACUUUUUUCGCCAGACACCAACCGCUUCUGAGACGACGAACGCCGGUUGGCAGAAAUCCUCGUGAGUCUUCCUUUGGUGAUAUUGAUCUCUUGAUCUCUUUUCAGUCCGUGUUUCGAAACGAAGCCGUCCGUCGCAGUUCAUUCAGGCCUACAGCUUCCAACCGCCAACCUUUCAAUUUCAUCUUAUCAGCAAAGGUAUUUACUCGCUCUUUCUUCCUUUCUCUCUAUCCUAAUCUGCUUCAGAUCCAACGACAAGUAUCAGAAUCCCAAGUCUAUGUACGGUGCAAAACAGCUCGACGCGCAUCGUAAAAUUGGGCUCUAG